GGCUAAGGGCCUAGCAUGGUUGUUGCUGUAAGAUUAACACAAAUCUGGAAUUAUUAACGCAAACAGGAUUUAUGGCACGGAAUGGACACGAGACGUGUAACGUCGAUUAUAUAAACUGAAGAAAAUAUUACCUACUAUUUUUAAACGGAAAGGUAGUUAUAAAGUCAGCCUGUUAAUGUAGUUGGAGCUCUUUUGGGACCAUGUCAGUAAACGAACUCUUCACCAAGUACACUCGGGUCUGGAUCCCUGACCCUGAGGAAGUAUGGAAGCCUGCUGAGAUUAUCAAAGACUACAAAGAGGGAGAUCCAAUCCUGCAUCUCCGACUAGAAGAUGAAUCGACAUUAGAAUAUCCAGUUGGUCCCAAGGACAACCCACUUCCCUUCCUUCGGAACCCAGACAUUCUGGUGGGUGAGAAUGACCUCACAGCACUCAGCUAUCUCCACGAACCUGCAGUACUGCAUAACCUCAAAGUUCGUUUCCUGGAGUCCAACCACAUUUACACAUACUGUGGUAUAGUACUGGUGGCAAUUAAUCCUUAUGAGCAGCUGCAGAUCUAUGGAGAGGAGGUCAUCAAUGCAUACAACGGGCAAAAUAUGGGGGAUAUGGACCCUCAUAUAUUUGCAGUGGCAGAGGAGGCCUAUAAACAGAUGGCCAGGGAUGAGAAGAAUCAGUCGAUCAUUGUGAGUGGAGAGUCGGGAGCUGGGAAAACUGUCUCUGCAAAGUAUGCCAUGCGCUACUUCGCCACUGUGGGAGGCUCAGCCAAUGACACGAACGUAGAGGAGAAAGUGCUGGCUUCCAGCCCAAUCAUGGAGGCUAUUGGCAAUGCGAAGACUACUCGCAAUGACAACAGCAGUCGCUUUGGGAAAUACAUCCAGAUUGGCUUUGACAAGAGGUAUCACAUCAUUGGUGCCAACAUGCGAACAUAUUUGUUGGAAAAGUCCAGAGUGGUAUUUCAGGCUGAAGAUGAGAGGAACUACCAUAUCUUCUACCAGCUUUGCGCCUCAGGCUCCCUCACAGAGUUCAAAGAUCUAGCUCUGGCCAGUGCAGAAGGCUUCACUUACACCUCUAUGGGUGAGAACAUCUUUAUUGAUGGCGUGAAUGAUGCUGAGGAUUUAGUGAAGAUGAGGGAAGCACUUUCACUGCUGGGUAUUAAGGAGAGUCAUCAGAUGAGCAUCUUUAAGAUAAUUGCCUCCAUCUUGCAUCUUGGGAAUGUGAACAUUGUUGCUGAGAGAGAUGGAGAGUCAUGCCAUAUUUCAAAGGAUGACCUUCACCUGCACCAUUUCUGCCAGUUGCUGGGGGUGGAGCUGGAACAGAUGGAGCACUGGCUCUGCCACAGGAAACUUGUCACCACCGCUGAGACCUACGUGAAGAACAUGUCCCGCGCACAGGCAACCAAUGCCCGUGAUGCUCUCGCCAAGCACAUUUACGCAUUUCUGUUCGACUGGAUUGUGGAGCAAAUCAACAAGGCCUUAUACACCUCCACCAAACAGCACUCCUUCAUUGGAGUGCUGGAUAUCUAUGGAUUUGAAACAUUUGAGAUUAACAGCUUUGAGCAGUUUUGCAUCAACUAUGCCAAUGAGAAACUUCAGCAACAGUUUAACUCUCAUGUUUUUAAACUGGAGCAAGAGGAGUAUAUGAAGGAGCAAAUCCCAUGGACACUCAUUGACUUUUAUGAUAACCAGCCUUGCAUUGACCUUAUAGAGGCCAAGCUCGGUAUACUGGACCUGUUGGAUGAGGAGUGCAAAGUACCCAAAGGAACAGAUCAGAACUGGGCUCAGAAACUUUACAGCAAACACUUGAGCCGUGAACACUUUGAAAAGCCCAGAAUGUCUAAUAUUUCAUUUAUUGUGGUCCACUUUGCUGAUAAGGUUGAGUAUCAGUGUGAAGGCUUUCUGGAAAAAAACAGAGACACAGUAUAUGAUGAACAGAUCAACAUUCUGAAGGCCAGCAAGUUCCAGCUGGUGGCAGAUCUCUUCCAGGAUGGAAAAGAUGUUUCUGCACCUGCGGUCCUGUCUGGCAAGACAUCCAGGAUCAAUGUGCGUCCUGCUAAGCCAAUGCCCAAAAGCCACAAUCGUGAGCACCGCAAAACUGUAGGCCACCAGUUUCGUAAUUCCUUGCACCUUCUGAUGGAGACUCUCAAUGCUACUACCCCUCACUAUGUGCGCUGCAUUAAACCCAAUGAUGAGAAACAAGCCUUUGUAUUCGACUCCAAAAGAGCUGUCCAACAACUGCGAGCAUGUGGAGUUCUGGAGACCAUUCGCAUCAGUGCUGCGGGGUAUCCAUCCAGGUGGACAUACAUGGAUUUCUUCAGCAGAUACCGAGUGCUCAUGAAGAGGAAGGACCUGAGUAUUGGUGAUAAGAAACAGAUCUGCAAAAACCUGCUUGAGUCCUUGGUCAAGGAUCCAGACAAGUUCCAGUUUGGCAAGACCAAGAUCUUCUUCAGAGCAGGCCAGGUAGCAUACCUUGAGAAGCUCAGAGCGGACAAGUUCCGCUUUGCUUGCAUUAAAAUCCAGAAGACAGUGAGGGGAUGGCUACAGAGGACAUGUUACCGCAAGAUCCGCAAGUCUGCCAUCACACUCCAGAGAUAUGGACGAGGCUAUUUGGCCCGCCGAUAUGCGGAGUACUUGCGUUUCACGAAAGCAGCUCUUGUGUGUCAGAAGCAGUGCCGGAUGGUGCGCGUGCGCCGUGCAUAUCUCACUAUCCGCCAGGCUGUGAUCACCAUCCAGGCCUACACCAGGGGCAUGUACACGCGCAGGCUCUACCAGGAGUUCCUGCUCCACCACAAAGCAACAAUUAUCCAGAGAACAGUGCGUGGAUGGCUGGAGAGGAAGAAGCUCUGCCGGGCCCGUGACGCAGCAAUUGUGAUCCAGUGUGCCUACCGUCGUGUCCUCGCCAAGCGGCAACUCAAGCAGCUGAAGAUUGAGGCCCGUUCAGCGGAGCAUUUCAAGAAACUCAAUGUCGGCAUGGAGAAUAAGAUCGUCCAACUUCAGAGAAAGAUGGAUGAGCAGUCAAAAGACUAUAAGACUCAGAAUGAGCAGCUGGUCGUUGCCAACACUAGUCUGGGCACGGAGGUUGGCAAGCUGCAGAAAGAGCUGGAUGUACUUCGCAGUCACCAGGGCAACAACAAUCAGCUGACCUCACUACAAGAGGAGAUUGAGAGGCUGAGGGUGGAGCUUGACGAAGCCCACACCCAGGCUAAGAGGCUCAAAGAGGAACACAGCAGUGAGAAACUUGGACUAGAACAGAGAGUAGAGGAGUUGGAGAGAGAAAACUCAUUGUUAAAGGAGGAGAAAGAAGAAAUGAAUCAGAGAAUCCUCCAGUUUUCCAAGAGCUCUGAGGGCCAAAAGGGGAGUGUUCCUCAGAAGGAGCUCCGUCUGCAGACUGAACUUAAUGAGGAAAGGCUCCGUUAUCAGAACCUGCUGAAGGAGUUUUCCAGACUGGAGCAGAGAUAUGACAAUCUCCAGGAGGAGGUCUCCUUUGUAAAGUUCCAUCCAGGCCACCGGAGGGUCCCCUCGAAUCAAAGCAGCUUGGGUUCUGACUCCAACUACCCCUCCAUAUCCUUGUCUGAGGUGGGAGACACCGAGGACACCAUUCAGCAGGUGGAGGACAUGGGUAUGGAGAAUGCAGCCAUGGACCUCAGUGUGUUUAUGAAGCUGCAGAAAAGAGUGCGAGAACUGGAGCAGGAGAGGAAGAAGCUUCAGACCAACCUGGAGAAGAUGGAGGAGUUGAGCAGUCACAAAGUUAUUGGCACGGUGACUGAGCCAAAGAGAUCUACGUCAGAGGAAGACACCAACGCAGAUCUGGCCUACAACAGUCUGAAGAGGCAGGAACUUGAGUCUGAGAACAAGAAGCUGAAGAAUGAUUUAAAUGAACUUAGGAAAGCGUUAGCUGAACAGGCUUCUGACAGCACCUCAUCCAAUGAAAUGCACGAUAGCUAUAACCUCCUGCUCAGUCAACUCAAAGCAGCAAAUGAGGAGCUGGAUAUACGCAAGGAGGAGGUUCUUAUGCUGAAAUCCCAGAUUGUUAGCUCCACAAAGCCAACAGAGAACUUCAAUCUCAUUAACUCAAGUGACAUCUCAGAAUGUCCCAACAGCAAAAUACCUGUAGACAAGGAGGAAUCCUUGCAAGCAUACCAGGACUUCAGUGAGUCCAAGAGAAUGCAAGACUGGGGUUAUGUGAAUGAAGAUGGAGAGCUUGGUCUGGCCUAUCGGGGGCUAAAACAAGUAGCCAGGCUUUUGGAGGCACAGCUGCAGUCUCAGUCACGGAAGUAUCAAGAUGAGCUGGAAGCUCUGCACACCCAAAUCGAGGUGCUGAAAGAAGACCUGGAGAAGAAGCAGGAGAUGUUGAAUCAUUUCAGCUCCCUCCCCCCAGAUGCCCUGGUGGAGUUCAGUGUUCAGCAGGAGAUUACCCGCCUCACUAACGAAAAUCUUGAUCUCAAGGAGAUUGUAGAGAAGCUAGAGAAGAAUGAGAAGAAGCUUAAAAAGCAGCUUAAGAUCUACUACAAGAAAGUUCAGGAGCUUGAAGUGGGUCAGGCAGCAGCCUUGCAGGCAAGCAGGAGUAGACCUGAGCUCACCAGGCAGGUGACUGUGCAGAGGAAGGAGAAGGACUUCGAGGGCAUGCUGGAGUACUACAAAGAGGAUGAGUCCUUGCUGGUUAUGACCCUCAUCACUGACAUGAAGCCCCAAGCUGUGUCAGCAACGGUCCCCUGUCUCCCAGCCUACAUCCUCUUCAUGUGCAUCCGCCACUCUGACUACAUCAAUGAUGACCAGAAAGUGCACUCACUGCUCACCUCAACCAUUAAUGCUAUUAAGAAGGUUCUUAAGAAACACAACAGUGACUUUGAAAUGACCUCUUUCUGGCUGGCUAACACUAGUCGCCUCUUGCACUGUCUGAAGCAAUACAGCGGAGAUGAGGCAUUCAUGACUCAGAACACACCCAAACAGAAUGAGCAUUGCCUGAAGAACUUUGACCUGGCAGAGUACCGGCAGGUUCUAAGUGACCUGUCAAUCCAAAUCUACCAGCAGCUCAUUAAAAUAGCUGAGGGCAUACUGCAACCCAUGAUUGUGUCUGCCAUGCUGGAGAGUGGCAGCCUGGCAGGUGUCAAGCCCAUGGGCUACAGGAACCGCUCUUCCAGUAUGGACUGUGAGAGCGGGGGCCCUGGGGGCUAUACUCUGGAGGCCCUCAUCAGGCAGCUGGGUGAUUUCUUCGGGAUCAUGAGGGACCAUGGCCUGGACCCAGAGAUCGGCCAGCAGGUCAUCCGCCAGCUCUUCUACAGCAUCAAUGCGGUCACACUCAACAAUCUGCUGCUGCGCAAAGAUGUCUGCUCCUGGAGCACAGGCAUGCAGCUCAGGUACAACGUCAGUCAGAUGGAGGAGUGGCUGAGAGGGCGGAACCUGCAGCAGAGCGGAGCAGUGGCCACCAUUGAACCCCUCAUCCAGGCUGCCCAGCUGCUGCAGGUCAAGAAGAAGACGUCUCAGGACGUUGAGGCCAUCUGCUCCAUGUGUACCUCGCUCACCACACAACAGAUUGUAAAGAUCCUCAACCUUUACACCCCUCUCAAUGAAUUUGAGGAAAGAGUCACCGUGUCAUUCAUCAGAGACAUACAAAAUCAUCUCCAAGACAGAGUAGAAAACAACCAGCUGCUGGUGGACACCAAGCACACGUAUCCUGUGCUCUUCCCCUACACACCUUCUGCCCUGAGCCUGGAGAGUCUACACAUCCCUGCCUCUCUCAACCUGCACUUCCUCACACGAGUCUGACCUGUUUGGCUCUCUGCAGCUCUUGCUGCACUCUAGCCCUGCAGGAGAGCAGGGAGGAGCACACUUCUCUCCAGCACACUAACCAGCAUGCACAGACCAUGAAACAAAAGGAUACAUCAGCAACCAGCGAGAGUCUUUCAGGCAGACUAACAGUUGUGUUGAGACACUUUAUCAUAAAUUGAUGCUGCCUUCCUGUCCAUCUUAUAAACAAGCUCCCACCAUCAUCCAGUUAAUCUUUGGGUUAAACCUGGCCAGCCUCUCAUCAUACAUAUAAUAAUAAUGUGUAUGAAAGUGGAGCUCCACAUCGGAUAUGAGGUCAUAUGCUUCAGUGCAGCCCUAAUAUUCAUCAUAUUUCUCUAUAUUAAUACACUACUUCCUUACAGUUAUUGACUAAAAGGCUAUUGUGGUCUCUGCGCUCGUGCAGGGAUGGGUUCUCAUAUUUUUUAGUGAAGCGGCACUGCCUCGAUACUGUUUACAAAUUGAUUUGCUCCUCUUCAGGCAGCAGCCAGCAAAACUGGUCCCUCCGCUGCUGACAGCUAAAGCAGCAGGAAGCCUUGCAUUGCAGUGGCUGUCUGUGACUCCCUCAGUCCAGAUAAGGCCCACUCUUUCACCUUGCCAAGAGGACUGCUGCGUCUGUAGCCGCUCCUUUAGUCUGCACAUCAACAGGCUUCUGGAGAGAGGCUUUGCCUGCUGGAACUUUCCUAGCACGUGUGUCUUAUGCUAUCCUAACAAACACUGUCUGGGAGAAAUAUGAGCAGGACAAACAAGCUGAAUGGGAGAGAAGAGAGGGGGUCUGUUGUAGGAGACAGAAGGAAUGGGAGCUGAGAUAUUAGAUUCUCUCUUCAGAGUAAGGAAAUGGUGAUUAUUACAUAGGGAGAGAUAAAGAAAGAAUCUAUUAUGUACCGACAGGAAAGGAUUUGCAAGUGGAGUUCUAUAGGGGAUGAUGCUACAGUUUAGGAUGAAAGGGAGCAUUUAAACUUUGCAUACAUUAUCAUUUUUUUUGUUAAAUGUCUAUACUUUGCAUGUCAUCAUGUACAUAACAGUAAUAUGUACAGUCCCCAGCAAUCACAGGUCUUUUCUAGCAAAGUAUAUAUUACAGAAUCUUUUGUGAGGUUUUUUUCUUGUCUUCAUAUAUAUUUCUUUAUUAUAUGAACAGGAAGGAUAAUACUUAAUGCAAAUCUAUCAGGCUGUUGGUUCAAAAUUGUUUCCUUGACCAAUAAUGUCCUCUUUGCAUUGAUUAUGUAUUUUUGCCAAUCUUGUGAAGCAAUCAAUUUUUGUUCACUGGAGAGAGGUCUGUCUCAUGUAUACAUCAUUAGUUAUUGGUUCUGUGGGUGUCUGUGAGCUUUAACCCACUUUCAGUGCCUAUGAAAAAGACCAUUGUGCAUUAUGAUUGUCCUUCAGUGAUGUAUUCAUGCAUGAAUGUAAAUGUAUUAAGAAUAUAGUGACCAUUUAUCAUUUUGAACAUUUCUGUGUCGAUUUUCAUUACAUUGUGUGAUACAGUGUAAUAUUCCAAACAUGUUUUCAUGUGAAGUUUUGGGGAGCUGAUACUGCCCUCUGUUGGCAGUUCAACAGACCUGAGCAUUGAAACCAGUAAAAUCAGAUAUCAGAAGCAAACAAAUCCUCUUAUUUGUGAAAUCCCUGAAAUUGCAUAAUUGCCUACAUGUCAUGUGUUUGGAAUUAUAUUGUAAAGAUUUGUAGGUUUGUUUGUUGUUUUUGUUUUUGUUUUUUAAUUGAGAGGGCCUUUAUAAUUUGUCAUUAUCUCUUAUUUGUUUGCCCUGUAAUGUACAGUAGAAUCUACAGUGUCAUCAGUCUUCAUUUAGCACCUAGGGAGCAGUUAGAGUUCCAAGCUCAGAAUCUCACGUAUCUUAUACAUCUUUCAAAACAUCCUGGUGAGCUUACUUCAUUGAUGGUGUACUCAUGAUCUGUAGGUUGUACAGUGUGUGACUAAUCCAAUUCCUGUUCACAGAUAAAAUUCCACCCUAUGGUAUAUUUGAAUAAAUAGUUUGGAAAAUG